AUGGCUACCGAAAGAUACAGCUUUUCGUUGACCACAUUCAGUCCUUCGGGUAAACUUGUUCAGAUUGAAUAUGCGUUAGCGGCAGUGUCGGCUGGUGCAGCAUCAGUCGGUAUCAAAGCUUCAAAUGGUGUUGUAGUUGCUACAGAAAAUAAGCGUAAAUCUCUUUUAUACGAAACAACAGUCGAAAAAGUGCAAAAAAUUACACCCAAUAUUGGAAUGGUUUACAGUGGUAUGGGACCAGAUUAUAGACUUCUUGUUAGAAAAGCAAGAAAAGAAGCAGCACAGUACCAACUGAAAUUCGAAGAAGAAAUACCUACAGCUUUACUGGUACAAGAAGUUGCUAGUGUUAUGCAAGAAUAUACACAAUCUGGGGGUGUAAGACCAUUUGGUGUAUCAUUGUUGGUAUGCGGCUGGGAUAGAACUGGCCCCAAACUUUAUCAGUGUGAUCCAUCUGGCGCAUUUUUCGCAUGGAAGGCAACAGCAUUGGGAAAAAAUUACGUUAACAGCAAACAGUUUUUAGAAAAAAGGUAUAAAGAAGACUUGGAGUUGGAAGAUGCUAUUCAUACAGCGAUUUUAGCAUUAAAAGAAGGUUUUGAAGGACAAAUGACUGCAGACAAUAUUGAGGUUGGCGUUUGUCGUAAGAAUAGACACGAUGAAAUCAUUUUUGAAAAGCUUGACCAACAACAAGUGGCUGAUUAUUUAGCUAAUAUACCAAACUAA